CUGGAAGCCUGAUUGUCCGGGGCGGGGGGAGCUGGAUGCUGCAGAAGAAGCAGGAGAGCAGCAAGAUGCUGGCUGCAGAGUGUGGGGAGCCCCGAGGGGAGAAGGGAGAGCCCGCGGGCCAUGGGAGGCGCCAAGGAGCAGCUGGGGCCUGGCGAUCACGCGGGCCGGCUGAGUGGCGCCUACGUUUAUCCCCGGGACUAAAGACUUCUUAAGGAGCAGGGGCAGUUUUCAGGUUCCAGAGUGGGAGAUGAUCGGAGGCCAGUUUCCUCCGACUGCCUAGAAAGGGGGCCGGCCAGGGCUCAAGACAGACAGCAGGGACCUGAGCAACUUCAAAGCACCCCGGGGCUGGGGAUCAGUGCCUGAGUGGGCAAAGAUGAAGACGCUGCACCCCGGCCGCUACUUAUUGGGCGGACGCAGUAACUGGGGGAGUGUGGGGUAACUUCGGGCACGGUAGUGACUCCUGUCUGGUCCUGUGCGGUUGCAGAUCUGCUGAUGAAAUGAAGGCUGAAAGGGGAGGGGUCCCGCCUCGGAGGUGGGAUGAGCUGGGCUGAGGAACUCCUCCCGCCCUGCCCCGGUGAAAGCUUUCUCUUUUGUGUUACUGCUGGGCUCUCAAGGAACCAGGGUCUCCAGCUGAUGCCGAGUCUCAGAAUCACGGGCCUUUGAAGCCUCGGCUGUGAUCAGAGGCAGAAGGGAGUUGUUUCUGCACCCCAGAGCCGACUCUCUCGGGCCAGGCAACCCUGGGCCUGAGACAGCUAUAGUCAUGUUUUAAUUGUGAAAUGUGUCCCCAACAUUUAUAUAGAAAUGCUCCCUACGGGGGAUGGAAAGAAUCAGACUCAGAAUGUGAGCUCUUACUUGCCUUACGGCUCUCGGGUGUGCUUUUCCUUCCUGUCCUCCGCCCCUGCGCUACCCUUUCUUGGGCCCUCCUCACGCUGGCCUGGACUCGCCUGUAUCUGGGGUCCCUGGCCACUGCCUAGUCCGUCACACGGCCACUCCCAGCCCACAGUCCCGAUGCUCCGGGUCCCACCCACAGGCACCAUGGCCGCGGUGAGCACCCAGCACUCCUUGACCGGCCAGACCUACGCCGUCCCUCUCAUCCAGCCGGACCUGCGGCGAGAGGAAGCCAUGCAGCAGGUGGCCGAUGCCCUGCAGUACCUGCAGAAGGUCUCAGGAGACAUCUUCAGCAGGUGGGGGGCCACGCGGGCCACUGCCCAGGCCAGGGUGCAGGGCGCUGGCCUCACGAGGGUGCGGGCCGGGGUGGUGGGUACGCUGAGCCCAGCGCUGAACUCCCCUGCAUCCCUGCCGCCAUCCCAGGAGAAGCUGAAAUACUUCCCCGUGUGUGUGAGCACCAAGCCAGACCCCGAGGAGGAGGCCGAGGAGGGGCUCGGGGGUCUCCCCAGCAACAUCAGCUCCGUCAGCUCCCUGCUGCUGUUCAACACCACAGAGAACCCGUACAAGAAGUACGUCUUCCUGGACCCCCUGGCUGGAGCUGUCACAAAAACCCACGUGAUGCUGGGGACAGAAACAGAGAAGCUGUUCGAUGCCCCUCUGUCCAUCAGCAAGCGAGAGCAGCUGGAGCAGCAGGUUCCAGAGAACUACUUCUAUGUGCCAGACCUGGGCCAGGUGCCCGAGAUCGACGUGCCGUCCUACUUGCCUGACCUGCCCGGCAUUGCUGAUGACCUCAUGUACAGCGCUGACCUGGGCCCAGGCAUCGCUCCCUCUGCCCCUGGCACCAUCCCGGAACUGCCCACCUUCCAGACAGAGGUGGCGGAGCCCUUCCGGCCAGACCUGGAAGGUGGGGUACUCACAGCA